AAUGCGUUAUUUAACAUUGAAUUUGCUACAAAAUAGCUUCAAAUUAAAUUAAUAUUGCACAUUAGUCGUGAAAUGAAUUCAAGGUUAAGCCCGAAUAAUCAAAUGAAUUUUGUUGGCCUUAUAUGAAGGCCCUGCGUUUCGAUGCUAACUUUAGUCAACGUUUAAAAGCCAUGGAGGAUUGUGAGUUUAUUGGUAUUAUACUUGAAAUGAUUGGCGAUGUGCUGUUUGGCUCAACAACAAACAACGACGACGACUAC